AUGGAUCCCGAUGCCAGCGUACCUACCGAACCGGAACCCUCUGUGAUUAGCUAUGUGCUUUCAUUCCUCCUCGUCGGUGUAGCAUGGGGCUUCACAACCCCCUUUAUCCGACGCGCCGCGGCAGACUUCAACGCCCGACAAGAAAAGCAAGCCAACGAAUCAGCAAAUCGCGGACGGUCACGAUCACGGUCGCAACGAUCUCCUGACACCGGCUUCACCGACGCAGGCGAAGACCAGGAAUUGCUCCCCCAAGAUGCACAGGACACGGAACCAGGACAUGAGGAUGGAGUGCGGGACCGAAGCAUCAGUCGGAGUGACGUGAACCGCAAACCCAAUGCUGCGGAUGCAGCCAUUGGAUCGGAGAACGGAGGUUCGGCGCAAAGGGCAGGUUCAAGCAUCCCAAGGGAAGAUGACGACGAGGACAACCUACCUGAGCCGGCGUGGAGGCGUGGAUCUGCCGCCAAGCAAUCCUGGCUGCGCGCGAAAGUGGUUUCGAUAUUUUGGACGGUGGUCAACUUGCUGCGUACCCCUGCUUAUGCUAUUCCGUUGGUUAUCAACCUCACGGGCAGUAUUUGGUUCUUUUUGCUUGUUGGAAAACAUGAACUCUCCCUUACCGUGCCGCUCAUUAACUCGAGUGCUUUCUUGUUCACUGUGCUUGGGGAGUGGUAUGUCGACCGUAAAGUGAUUGCGAAGCAGACAUGGCUGGGUAUGGGGUUGGUUCUUGGGGGAAUUGCAGUGUGUGUGCAUUCAAAGAACCAGGUCUCUUAA